GACAAGCAAAUUUUUCACGACUUAACGUAAAACAACCGCUUAACAGCUUAUUUAACAUAUUGCUCAAUUCUUCAGAUACUGAGUGUAAAAAAAAGUAUGAUCCCCGCUGAGAGAGAUCCCUGCUGCGAAUGUAUGAUGAAUACAUAGUCUGAAAUCGCCAGGGUAAUUUUAUGUUGACUAGCACCGGAGGAACAUAUCGCGAAAAAUGAGUGAGACUACUCCAAUAAAUGAUGUACCCGAGAGCAAUGGUACGAUGGAGCAGCCUGCUUACAAUGGUGAAACAGAGGAACACGCUACCAAAUCUCCAGUAAGUCCAGAAGAGAAAGCACCAGAUUCAGUGUGCGAUAAUGGUAUAAAAAGGAGUGCCAUUGCCACUGGUAAUAUACCAAAUAGAACAAAGAAACGUAAAAAAGCCCCAAGAGACGCCACUGCGCCAAGACAGCCUCUGAGUGGUUACUUUCUGUUUUUAAACGAUCGGAGAGAGGAAGUUCGAAAUCAGAAUCCAAGCUUAACGUUCACAGAAAUCACGAAGCUUUUGGCUGCAGAAUGGAGUAAAUUACCAAUUGAUACGAAGCAGCGUUAUUUGGAUGCAGCUGAGCGAGACAAAGAGCGCUACAAUCGCGAGUUUAGCGAUUAUAAGCAAACAGAAGCAUACAGGCUGUUUAAUGAAAAACAAUCGGAGAGACAAAAUGAAAAUAAGAAGGAAAGAAACGGCACGGACAUAAAUACCGAACAGAAUGACGUUCAGCUGGAGAAGGAUAAUGACUUUACAGGCUUUGACAUCCCUAUUUUUACAGAAGAAUUCCUAGAUCAUAACAAAGCUUGUGAGGCUGAAUUAAGACAAUUGCGGAAAGCUACAUCUGACUACGAAGCUCAGAACGCGGUUCUCCAACGACACGUGGACAGUCUGCACGCAGCGAUAAAUCGCUUGGAGUCCGAAACUAAUCAACAACGAACGACUAAUCAAACUCUGCAGCGUCAUUUGGAUUCUCUUCGUUCUCAACUAGCAGGCUGCUUCGCCACUAUAUCGCUUCCAGGCAAAGGAGACACCGCUAUUGUAGAACUUCUCUUGUUAAACGGUGCAACAGUCAACAGCAAAGAUAAGAAAUGGUUGACUCCCUUGCACCGAGCCUGCUGCUCGGGAAAUUACAAUGUAGUGGACGUUUUGUUGAGAUACAAAGCGGACGUAAAUGCUCGAGAUCGUAGUUGGCAGACACCUCUUCAUGUAGCAGCUGCAAAUAACGCUGUGCAAUGCAUAGAACUUUUAAUGCCACAUUUGUUAAAUAUCAAUGUCUCAGACAGAGGUGGAAAAACAUGUCUUCAUCAUGCGGUGUAUAACGGACAUCUUGAAAUGUGCGAAUAUUUAAUGCAAUUUGGUUGCGCGAUAAACGCCUCUGACAAGAAAGACCGAAGAGCUUUGCAUUUCGCGGCGUACAAAGGCCACAACGAAAUUGUGAAAGCGCUAAUAGCCAAAGGCGUCGAAGUGGAUGUUAAAGAUCGAGAUUUAUAUACUCCGUUACAUGCAGCAGCUGCUUCUGGUAAUGCAGAAUGUGUGCACAUUUUAAUCAAAGCUGGAGGUGAUAUCGAGGCCAAGAACGUAUAUGGAAAUACACCAUUGCAUAUCGCAUGUUUGAACGGAUGUCCGCUUGUGAUUAAGGAACUUAUAGCUAAUCGCGUUAAUUUAGAGGCCGUAAAUUAUCGAGGGCAGACUGCGUUACACGUUGCUGCUGCCAGCGUACACGGUGUUCACUGUUUCAAGAUGUUGAUCUAUAAUGGGUUGAAGGUCAACGUUCAGUCGGAAGACGGUCGUACACCUUUGCACAUGACUGCGAUCCACGGAAGAUUUACAAGAUCUAAAACGUUGCUAGAUGCAGGUGCUUUUCCAGACGCGAGAGAUAAAAAUGGAAAUACAGCAUUGCAUAUUGCCGCCUGGUUUGGCUUCGAGUGUCUGACGACAUCUUUAUUGGAAAGCGCUGCAUCCCCAGCUACACGCAACGCACAGCAACGUACACCUUUGCAUCUGAGUUGCCUAGCAGGACAUAUAGAGGUCUGUAGAAAAUUAUUGCAACUCGAUAGCAGGCGAAUUGACGCGCGAGAUAUCGGUGGCAGGACCGCUUUACAUUUGGCGGCAUUUAAGGGUUCGGUAGACUGCUUGGAUCUGCUGUUGUCUAGCGGUGCCAAUUUCCGUCUUGUCGACAAUGACAAUCGAUUAGCUCUUCAUCAUGCUGCAUGUCAAGGACACUACCCUUGCGUCUUCACUCUGGUUGGAUUCGGUAGCGAUUCGAAUGCUCAAGACGUGAAUGGCGCAACGCCGUUACAUCUGGCUGCAGCGGCAUCGAAUUCUAAUGCUCAAUCUUUCAAGUGCGUGCAGUAUUUGCUGCAGCAUCGGGCAGAUCCACGUUUACGCGACAAACGCGGUUUUACUGCGAUCCAUUACGCGGUGGCUGGUGGCAACAAAGCGGCACUAGAAGCGCUUCUGAAUGCGUCAUCGUCGCCUUCAAAUUUGGCCACUUCGCUCAACUCUUCAACCGGUCAAGAGCCAUCCUUGCCGGCACUCACUCCGAUACAUCUCGCGGCAUAUCACGGUCAUGACGAGAUCUUGCAGCUACUUCUGCCCUUGUUCCCUAAUACGAAUAUCAAGGAAGACAGCGGAAAGACGCCGUUAGACUUGGCUGCCUACAAGGGGCACAAACAAUGCAUCAUACUCUUGUUGCGAUUUGGCGCUUCCGUGGCAGUACAGGAUUCCGUUACGAAACGCACGCCUGUGCAUUGUGCCGCUGCCACAGGUCACGCGGAUUGCCUGGCUCUUCUUCUACAGAACAUGGAUGAUCCCAACGUCGUAAAUUGUUACGACUCCAAACAACGCACUGCUUUGACGCUGGCGGUAGCGAACAACUUUCCGGAGUGUGCGAUGCUAUUGUUAACGUACAAGGCCGACUGCAAUUUGCCGGAUGUCAAUAAGCACACGCCACUAUUUCGCGCUGUGAUCAACGAACGCGAUAAUCAGCUAGUGAAACUAUUAUUGAAGCAUGGCGCUCAAGUAGCUGUGCAAGAUGUGAACGGUAAAACUCCGUUACAUUUAGCAUCGGCUUGCGGCAGAUUGUACGCUUUGGCUGCACUCGUUAAAGCCGAUCCAACUGCAGCGGCUUUGAAGGAUGAUCAAGGCUGCACGGUGCUCCACUGGGCUUGUUAUAAUGGCAAUUCGAAUUGUGUGGAAUAUCUUUUGAAUCAUGACGUGUUCGAUUCCUUGGAAGGUAAUCCGUUUUCUGCCGUACAUUGCGCUGUAUAUCAGGGAUCUGCGCACUGUCUAGACUUGUUGAUCAACAAAUUUGGCGGACAAGCGGUUGCUGCUCCAAGAGAUUCAUCGUGUGGCUUAUUACCACUGCAUAUCGCGGCGAGCGCAGGAUCUGUUGAGUGCGCGCGAUUAAUUCUGAACUCCGUCGGGCCGGAAUUAGCCGGUCUUGAGACGACCGACUAUUUCGGACGGACGCCACUUCUUUGCGCGGCUGUCAAUGGGCAAUGCAACGCUAUUGAAUUAUUGCUCGAAUGGAAAGCUGAUGUUCGCGCUGUUGACUCUAAUAAGAAUACGGCACUGCACUUAGCGUGUCAGAGACGUCAUUCCGCCGCAGCGUCAUUGCUUUUAAACUGGAUUGAGUCACUCGGCAGCUCUGAUACCGAUAAGAACACGUCACAAUUGCAGCGCGUUUCUGUCAUUAACAUGAUCAACAAGCAGCAGAGAACGCCAUUGCAUCUGGCGGCGAGAAAUGGUCUUGUGACGAUUACUCGACGAUUAUUGCAAUUGGGCGCAAGUGUUAUAGCUGUCGAUGCUGAUGGGCUUACGCCUGCAUUAGCCUGUGCUCCAAAUCCGGCAGUGGCCAAGUGUUUAGCGACUAUCCUUUCCGCGCAGGGUCAAAACGGGGAAACUACACAAUACUCGCCGGCUAUUCAGCACACGUUGGAGGUAUAUCUGAACGGCGUGGACUCGCAACACAGCUCCGACUCGGAGUUUUACUGACAACGAGUGUCGGCACGCUCGAAUCGUCAAAUGUUCCGAGCGAGAAUGAAUGUCGGCUCGAGACGCGGCUACAUCGACGCCGCUAGACUGAUCUUGAUGAGCUACUGGCUCUUUUCCGUUCUAGUAUAAUUAGCUCUGACGUGCCGGGUGAGGUUGCCAUAUAGGCGGAUCUUCCAUGGUGAUUAGCGUCAAUCAUGACAAUACUGGUGUCUGUGCUAUCAAGAAACUUGAUAGAACAGCUAAUCGACUGCCAAGAGGAUGGAUACGUAUACAAUGUAAGUUAACCAGUUACUUAAUAAUAGUCGAUAAACUUAGGUAUACUUAGAAAAUGAUCGAGCUGUACAGAGUAUUGAAAGUCAGCUUUCUGUUUGUGUAAUUAGGCAUUCACGAGGUAAAAUAUUGUCUUAUAAAAAUCCAGUGUUAUAAUUUCAUUUUAAAAUCUGUCAAUUAGAAAGAAUGUAAGAUCAUGUUUCGGGGAUAUUUAUGUGCGUAUAUCAUCCAAUUUUGAUCGCAUGUUGUAUGACUAACGAUCGAUAGAAUGAUUAAUGCGCUAAAUUGAGAAGACGCCCUCACGAAAUUCGGGAGAUCCGGGUUUGAAUCCCGGCUGAGGUAGUAUUUUUCGCAAUAAAUUAUUUACAGAGUUUUCAAGAUGCUUAUUAGCAUCAAUUAUUAACAGCUUUCUAAGAUGUCGAAUUGCAUUAAUAAUAUUAAAUUGCUUGUCAAUUUAAUUUGUGAUAUUACUACUUUAGCUUCGGUUUACGACUGUGUUUCAAGACCGAUGAAUAAUCGGCGCACAGUUUGCUUGAACUGGAAAUUGUAUAAAUUCACCAAAAAAAAUAUCGUUAAGCACGAAGAACCGCCUUGAUCGAAUAUGGCAUUUUUCAUUUAUAUGUGCUUAAUGCGCUGUCAAUAUUCUCAACUAUUUAUGGGUGUCUUCCAACAAGCAACUUAGUAUAACAUAGUGAUCAUCUCAUCCUUGUUUAACAUUGGCGAACAACAAGGAUAUAAUGAUGCACCGUGUCAUGCGUGUCUCUUGUUGGAAGGCACCCUAUGUAACUAGUGUAUUCUAAAACGGAUUCAUCUGACAAUGAGACAUUACCGUAGGGCGUAUCUUUUUCAUUAGAGAAAGUACAAAAUUUUGCCAUUAGCACUCAAUUAUAUUCCUCUAGAACAUUAUCCCACGUAUUGAAAUUAAUUUACUUUUAAACUCUAGCAAAAUAUCGGGAUUACAUGAUAUCUAUUUUUCUCUCUUAAAUAUCUUACAUAUAGAUAUGUAUCUCUCUUAUACAUAGUUGAGAACGAGAUCUAGCUUUGCUGCACGCAUUUAUGCAAUUUUCAUCUCUUGUAGCCUACAACAUCUAAUAUAAUAAUUAACGCACAUAUAUAUACCUCCUAUAUUUCGAGCGAUAUGUUUGCAUAAUUUUUUUAAUCGCGUUGGUUAAUGUAACGAGUAAUAAUAAGAUUCUCUCACGAUCGCGAGUCUCAAAUAUGGACCACAAAGAAUAAUAAUAAAAAUCGCGAAUACAAAUAAUAAUAGUUGCGUUAAAUAAGUCUCGAUUGCAAUUAUAGAUCUAACAAUGAAACAGUGGCGUAUCAUCAGUUUUGUAGUUGAGUAAAUGUAGCAAUAAAGAAAGGCACAAUUUGUUUGUUAUGAUAAGGAACUAGAUAUCAGUGCAAAUAUUCAUAAAAAAUAUAAUGUAGACAAUGCUCAAUUGAUUGCAUUUACUGAACUAGAUCGUUUUGCAUUAGUUAGCCGAACACGUCUUCCAUUCUCAGUAGUAGUCUUAACUUAAAAUUUUAAUGCAUAUUCUCUGCGUUAACGCCACUCGUAUUUUAUCUACAUUUACAUAAAAAGAUUUUCCUUCGGAUUAUUUUAUAUACUUUUUUCCCACGUUUUUAAUUCGGGGAAUCAAAAUUCAGGUCGAACGUUCGCGGAAAUUUGACGAUUUGGUUUAUCAUAUGAAAAAGCGUAAGAUUGAUGUGUAAAGGAGAAAUGCUGAAAGUAUGAAUGUUUAAUUCUCAAUGUCUUAGCGUUGUAAAUAUAUCGAAGGGAACCGAAUAACCCCCUCCCAAGGACUCUGUACAACAGAGCGGUACGACGAGGAAGAGAAUCGAAUAUUUAGCUAUUUUCUUAAAGAUUUGUAGUAAAGAGCAUAAACUGCCUGACUGUAAUUGUAUGUCGAUUGAGAAAGUAUAGUUUGUAAAUGUAAAAUAUGUAACGGCCGAUCGAGGAAUUGAAUCGGAUUAUGUCGGAACAUUUUAUUUUUAAAUGUUUCACAUGCUUUUUAUGCUCUCCGUUAACAUUUUGAUCGUCGCAGUAAUCUACGUACAUCGUGACUUUAUUUUCUUGAAAAUCAUGGUAUUUGGAUAUUAAGAAGAAAUUUGGAGAUGACAGAGCAAUAGGAGUCGGGCGGUAGUCGUUGCGCAAAUAAUAUAACACAAAACUCUUUAUUACAAUAACGCGCUUACAUGUUUCGGUGAGGGUUUUUAAGCCCUUUUCAGUGACAUAAAUCAUCUUUGUAUUGCGAGAUUAAUUUAAUGUUUUUCAUUUUUUAGUACGAGAUGUAUAAUCCAUAUUAAAAAAAUGUAAUAAAAUAUAACAAAAUCACUUAAUUUGUAAUCGUCAAACGCCAUAAUUUUCAAGAAAAUAUCCUGCGUAAUAUCAAUCAGUAUCAAGGAGAAUAUUCAUCGCGGUAAUUGUCUCAUUAUUUUUGUACUUAAAAUUCCCUACAAUUUUUGCAUUUAAUAGAUUGUAAAUAUGACCUUUAAGCGACGGUAUAUACAUACUGAUGAUCUUAAAUGCUAAAUGUGAUCGAUAUUAUAUAGAAAAUCGUGUAAUUCAUCGAUAAGAAGACGUCGUAGUUUUACUGUAUAUAUAAAUUUGAAUCAUUGCUUGCGCGUGAUAAUUACGUGGUUAAUGAAAUUGUUGAUACUGAGAAAUCACGAUCUCCGAUUUGUACAUGAUUUUGUACUUGUGACUGUUUUAUAAAAACAGAAAUACGAGAAGAAAAACUGGACAUGUGCGUUAUUAUCAGACGCGUGAAACUCCACAUCACUGUAAUAUGUACAUAUAAUAUAAUCGAGAAAAUUAUUUUUUCUAUACCCCUUUCUCUCAUACAAUUUCAUAGAAUAUACGUGGGCAGUUUAAUAAGUCAUUGACUUUUUAAAAGGAGACUACGUUGAAAAAUAAGUCGAAUUUUAGUAAAAAGAAAAUUUAAGAAAAUCACUGAUUUGUCAUACCGCCCUCGUAAUGCCGUUACAUGGAUAUUACAUUUUAAGGGGUUCCACCAAUAUGUAUCUGUAUCACGAACAUUUGUAAUCAAUAUACGCCAUUACGUUUUAUUUUCACACAUUGUUGCUCAGUAUUGUAUUGAAAGACUUUGUCCCUGAAAUGAAUUCACUUCUCACACUCCUUUCACUCAGAAUUCUUCAAAGUCUCCAAUCAAUGUAGAAAUUUGAAGCGUACAUGGAAAGAAAAUUAUUACUUAAGAACCAUUCUCAGUACUA